AUGAACGUUAUGUCUAGAGGCAUGGUGCAAUAUGAUAUUUUCCCCAAAGCUAUUGUGUAUAUGAAUGUUAAACUGGAUGAAAUGGAGGAUGAUGUCGAAGAUUAUGCUAAAUCGGUUGAUAUCGAGGUGGAUGUUAAAUUAAUUGUUGUCGAGAUCCGCAUGGAGGUCACCAAAUUUGGGUUCAAGAUUGUAAUUGGGAGGCCUGAUAAUGGUUCUGAUAUAAGACAUGCAUUUGUGACAAUGAGAUACGAAAAAAGUGGCAAGUACACAAAACCUACUCUAAAGUUAAAACGGGAUGACACCAUAAUGAGAAAAUGUGGGUGUCCUUUUAAGGUAUGUGGAUAUCGUAAGGCGAAUAGUGCAUGGAAAUUUAAUGUGGUUUCUGGUAAACAUAAUCAUGACUUUUGUUACAAGUUAGCCGACCAUCCAUUUGUAUGUCUCUUUAAUCCUGAGUAA